AAUAUUUAAAAUCAAUUAAAUAAAUAUUAUCAAAUUACUUAUGUUGUUUAAUAGGUAUGAAAUGGUAUGAAUUUAUAUUACAACAAAAAAAUUAAAAAUAAUUAUAAUAAUAUUCAUAGAUAGAAAUAAGUGGUUUGUAUGUUUAUAUGCUAAGAAGGGUACAUUUUAUAUAUACUUACAUUUUCGAAUAUGUUAAUAUUUUUAUUUCUAUAGCAUAACAAUAAAAUAUAAAUAUGUAUAGGCUUUAAGAAAUUACAUAUAAUACUCAUAUAGGUAGGUUGGUCUACAAAUAAUACUAAUUUACAUACUAAAGAAUUUACUUAGGAUCAGAUUAACUGUCACAUAACUUAUGAAAAGGUUUUUCUAAAGCAAAUUUAAAUCAGAUUAUAUAAAUAGGUGGAAGAUUUUUUAUACAUAAUUGUAUUCAUAAUACUAUACAAUAAUGUGUUUGUUAUGGAAAUUACAUGAUUAAGAAGGUCUGUUAAAUAUUAUAAAGGAUAAUAUAUUAUGAAUGAUUAAAUAUGAGGAUUUAACCAAGACUGAACCAAGUAUAAAAUGGAAUACUUUAUGAGAGAAUAUUUAGUUUGUUGAAAUGCAUUGCCCAGAGCAGUAUGUUAAAGAAAAUGGUCUGCAACGGAAGGAUGCCAAAGACAUCUCAAGUACAUAUAUAAGAAAAAUGGUUUGGAAAUCUAAUGAAAUAGUUUUAGACGUAGGAUGUGGACCAGGCGAUGUAACCUCAGAUAUUCUUUAUCCUUUAUUAAAGAAUAAAAUCAAUCAGUUGGUUGGUGUUGAUAAAUCUAUAGAAAUGGUAGAAUAUGCUAAAAAAACAUAUGGAUGUUCUAAGAUAGAUUUCAAAGUUCUGGAUAUUGAAAAUGCCAAUGACUGUUCUUUUUAUUCACACAGAUUUAACAAAAUAUUUUCAUUUUUCUGUUUUCAUUGGGUACAUAAUAAAGUCGAUUCCUUGCGUAGUAUGCAUUUAAUGUUAAAAAAUGGUGGAGAAAUUUUAUUUAACUUUUUGUUAAUCAAUCCAUUAAUUGAAUUGUAUAAAUCUAUGGAUGCAGAAUGGCAAAAAUAUAUUAAAGAUUUAAAACAAAUAUCACAUGACUUGUAUUCACAAGAUGAAAUGAGAGAAAUUUUUAUCAAGGCUGGAUUUAGAAUUAUUAAUUUGGAAACAAAUGUCAAAAAAUAUACAUUUCCAGACUUCUCAUCGCUUUUGAAUGCCGUGAAAGCAGUAGACACUAUGUACAACAUUUUGCCACAACAUUUACAUGACAGAUACUCCAUACAUGUUAAAGAUAAAAUAUGUGAAACACAAGGGGUUGAAAUAUGUCCAAUUACAGGAAUAACAAUCAAGCCAUAUUUUACAAUUACUGUGCAUGCUAUCAAAGAUUAAAAUUUAAAACAGGAAUAUUAAAUAUCAUAAUACUUUUUAGGUUACUUAAUAACUAGGUUUAAAAAAAAAAAAAUAGGAUAAUAAAGUAAAGUUCCUUUAUUUACACUAUAAGAUUACCUUUUAACGAUACUUUUUUACAAAAGUCAGUGAAAGUGGGUGGUCUACAUUCUUAUCAUCAUGCAUAAAAAUCAUGUUCGAUCAUUGGUCAGAAAACAUUUUACAGAUUAAAAAGAAAAUCAGUUAUUUCCAAGAAAUAUUUUUAAUAUUCAUUUGACUAUAUUAUAUUAUUAUAUGAAAAAUAUACAAUUUUGAUAUAGUCAUUUCCCUAAUUUUAUUAAAACAUUUAUAAAACUAAGCUAUAUCAUAAAGUCUAAAGAAAUGUUUAUUUUUCAUUAUUUUUAAGUUUGGAAAUAUUAGAAUUCAAUUUGUAAUUAAUUACAUGAUAUCAAUUCCAUAUUAUUUACACAAAUAAUGUAUUUCCCAUACAGAUUUGGUUAAUAUUUUAGUUCAAUACUCAAAUAUUUAACACAAUGCCAUUUUUUUUUUACUAUAAAUAUUUUAGUCAUACAAGAAUGUAUACUUUCAGCAUUUAGCUUAGUUGAUUUUAAUAUUAGAAUAUAUGAAUUAAUCUAUUAUCAACCUUAAAAGUAAUAGAACUGUCAAUGAUUUUUUGGAUGUUUUAUUUUGUUAUUUUAAUUUUGAAGCAAGUUUUAAAAGUAUAAAAUAUGAAUUAAAAUCUAAAAAUGUUUAAUAAUUCCAACAAAUUACCCACAAUUUGAUUUCUUAAGUUCAAUAAAUUUGCAAUAACAUUAAAAAUGACUGUUAAACAUACAUUUGUUAUGUGUUAUACUUUAUGAGUGAUAAACUAUAGCUAAUGCACUUAUGUAAGGUGGGGACAAUAAAUUCAAGUCAGACAUUCUCUUUAAUAAAUGUAUUAGUUUACUUAGAAAUAUUGAAUUAAUUAAUUGUAAUUAACCUAAAACUUAAGUUCCAUUAGGCUAACUAUUUUAGAUAUAAUUGAAUUUAUUCAUUUUAUUUUUAAUAGAAUAUUUAUUAUGAGCUUUAUACUUAUUCAUAUAUUAGAAAAUACAUUACUAUUUAUGCAAAAAAAACAACUAAAUAUAUUAGUUUUACAAAUUAAUUAAAAGCAUAAAUUUGUCAA